AUGCAACAAUGUACUACAAUACAAAAUUGUCUUGGAUCUCUUGAAUUCAUUCCUGGUCAAUGUUGUCCAGUAUGUCAAACAAGUAUUUGCCGUGAUAAUAAUGAUCUUAUUUAUCAAAAUGGUGAUGUUUGGACAAAAAAUAAUGUUUGUUCACAUUGCACAUGUAAAAAUGGAUCAACUAUAUGUUCAGAAGAAGUUUGUCCAAUUUUACAAUGUAAAUCUAAUGAAAAAGUUGUUCGUUUACCAAAUAGUUGUUGUGCAAUAUGUAGUAAUCGACAUAUGUGCAGAUUUCAUGGUAAUAAUGGUUAUCAGAUUUAUUAUGAACAUGAUCUUUGGUAUACAUCAGCAUGUCAAUAUUGUACAUGUCGACGACAUAAUCGUGUUAUUUGUAAAAGUAUUCAAUGUGAACAUCAAUUUUGUCUUGAACAUGAAAUUCAAGAAUCAAGAUCAGAUAGUUGUUGUGUGUCAUGUCGACAAGCUAAGCAAUGUGAUUUAAAUGGUUAUAUACUUAAAGAAGGAUCUUAUCGCCAGGUUGAUAAUUGUACAUUAUGUACAUGUACGUCAGAACGUCAACCUAAAUGUUAUUCAAAUUGUAAACAAAAUGGUUAUUCAGUUAUUGAAUUACAAGCAUCAAGUCUACAUCGUAAUCAUACAAUUACUGUUACCGAUAGUUUAGCUACAAUUAUAGCCUAUUCAAAAUCUGGAGCAACUAUGCCUUCAUCACAAACUCGUUCUAUAUUAUUUCACUUUUCUUCAUCUAUAACAACAAAAUCAAAUGCUGCUGUUCUAUUAGGCAUUAUACAUAAUUCAACUGGUCAAAUAUCUUAUAGACUUAUUCUCAUUGAUUUUGAUUCAACUAUAAAUAAUACAAAAACUAAUUAUAGUCUUUCAGAUGAAUUACGUCUUUGGAUGCCAUUAACAGUUUCUACUCAACGAACUAGAAAAUCGUCAAUAUCAAUAUUUCAAGAUGAUAAAUAUUCAGAUCAAAUUAUUUUAAUAAGUCUUAUUAUUAUACUUUCAUUGAUUUGUUUAAUAUUAAUUUUUAUUAUUAUUUUCUUAUGUUAUCGAAGAAAACAAAAAAUAAUUGAAAAACAAAUUUAUAAAGAUACUUUUAAACGACAACCUUCAUCAUUAUCAAUAGUAGAAAAAUUUCAUGCACCUGACUUAACAACUAAAGUAACACUUUUAACACAUUUUCAUACACAUGGACAAGAUUUAGGUACUGAUGUAUAA